GCCUUGGGCAUCCAAUACUGUAUAAUGCCAGCCGCCCACACCGCCCGAUGCCACACCAUUGAUUCAUAUAGAAUCAACCAAGCUGCUUCCAUCCACAAGCUCAAGGUCUUCUACGACGACUCCUUACCCUGAGAUCUAGAGAAGGAUAUUCGACAAGGACAGCAGCAAUCCAGACUGGAAAAUGCCGAGAUUGAACGACUUGUCGCAAGUCCAUUGUGGCCCUAGAGUUCGAACUUUGUACGUUCACCAUCCUGGUCGUUAGUCAAAUGGAAACCACUGAUAAGAAAGGUUUGUUGCAAUACCGGGAGCUGGAACAUCUCCUCCCAGUGAGUGGAGCGAUCUGAAUAAAGACAUCUGGCCAAAAUCUAUGCACGCAGAUUCUGCUCCUGAUUUUGGCGUCUUCUCUUUCCCAAACGAGCUUGCUACAGAACAUCAGGCUUUCUCUUGGCAACAGGUCGAGAAAGCUGGCGCCAAUUUUCUUAGCGCUUUAGAAGGUCUCAUAGAAAACAACCAGCUCAAUGAUUGUCCAAUAUUUCUCGCGGCGCACAGCACCGGCGGGAUCAUUUUGAAGCGGGCUCUGUGCAUUGGCUACCACAAUCCUCAACGGUUUCGACUUCUUCUGCGAAAUAUUGCUGGUGUCAUUUUACUUGCAUGUCCUCACUCGGUCUCAGAUAAUCCCAAUACGUGGCUGAAUAUCUCUUUAAUCUUCAAAACCUUUUUAAAGUCGAAGAUGAAACACGAGGUAACUCGACAGAUAUCUGCUGGCCUGUCAAAUGACUGUCUCAGCUUUGAACGAGUCAUGGAUGAGAUUCCCGUCUUAAGCGUAUUCGAGACUGCAAGGACGCGCGUUGGAGGAAUGUUUGGUUCCAAAGUAAUGCUUGUCGAUAAAACCUUCGCCAAAACAAAUACAAAACUUGAAGAGAUGAUUCCUUCCAAAUCUGACCAUGCCAAUAUGUGCUGCGUUGCGACUGGUAGUACCGAGUCUACUGCCAUCGUUUCGUUUAUUGAGACAGCAGCGAAGAAAGCUCAUGACAACAUCAAAAGAAAGUCCCAGGAAUGUGGGUUGCCUAAACAUGCAACAUUUAAAUUAUAUCUUACAUUCACAGACAAACGUCCCAUCAGACUCGGUGAAUCAAUCCGAAGCAAAUCAAGCUCAGGAUCACUGAAACGGGAACGGAUAACGUCCACGGACACAAACUCGUCAGCUCCAGGACACCCUUCAGCCUUUACGAGUCCCAAAGGAACUGCGGGAUCCACAGUUGGCAGCUUUCAACUUUUACCAUCUCUCACGGACUUUUCGGUUGAUAAGAUGGACCCAAAGUUACCCUGCUUUGUGAUGCCCCUGAGCCGAAAUCAUGUAUUUUCUGGCCAAGCUCAACUGUUGAAGAAUCUUGAGGAAUAUCUUUUGCCGAUGAGCGACGAUCAUUCUGCCUCGGAGGGAUCAGAAACUGGUGGCUAUCUGCGGACGUUUGCACUUUGUGGCCCUGGCGGCAUGGGGAAAUCUCAUGUCGCAGCUGAAUUUGUGUAUAGGUGCAGGGACCAGUUUGAUGCGAUUAUCUGGAUAUCCGCUGAUGAGCCAGUAAAGCUGGCUCGCAGCUUUGACCAGGCGGCAGCCGCUCUUGGGCUGGUGGAGGCGGAAUCUAUGGAAUCCAGGGAUCAUAUCCUGACCCGAGAUGCUGUCCUGGGAUGGCUCGCAAACCCUAUCAAGUCAUAUAAGCAGCAUGAAAACACUCAAUACAAUGAGGCGAAUUGGCUAUUAGUAUUUGACAAUGUAGAAGAGCCCGAUAUGCUUGAUGACUAUUGGCCAGCAUAUGGUUCUGGCUCGAUUAUUAUAACGAGCCGAGACCCUCUUGUGAAAUCCUAUGUUUAUUCCCUCAAGCGUGCAUUAAGUAUGCCGCCACUUGACGCCAGCGAGGGAGCAAAACUACUCGUCAAGUUAACUGGCCGAAGAAAGCUGAGCACCGAAGAGCAGAAUAGUGUCACGACGAUAGCCGAUGUUCUCGGUGGCCUUCCUUUGGCAAUCGUCCAAAUGGCUGGUGUAAUCAUACGUCAGGAUCUGACCUUCUCCGAGUUUCUGGACAGAUAUCAAAAAGAGAGUGCUCAUGCAGAACUUUUCAACCUCAAGAUCGGACCAUCGAAAGCUCGCGCAGGCUAUGAACACACAAUUGCCUCUGUUUGGGCGUUGGAUCAAUUAGAAGAAGGCAGCCAUUCCUUGCUGCAGGCUAUGUCCCUCCUUGAUUCAGAUAGUAUCCCUGAGUACAUUUUGGAGGAGAACCCUGCCGCAGGUAUAUGGCCGGGCUAUCCAUCAACGAGCGCGGAAUACCAGAACGCUCGCACAGAGCUGAUACAAAGAUCCUUAAUUACACGGCAAAAGGACAAGAAGACGCUCAAUAUACACCGACUCAUCCAAGAUGCAGUUAGGGCGAGAAUGACUGAUGAUGAGUUCAACAAAGUGUUCAGCUCAAUGUUAUCCUUUGUCUCUGCUGUCUGGCCAUAUGAGGAGUUCAGUUUUGGAAAUGAGAUAUAUCGGUGGGCCCGAUGUCAAGAUCUCUUCCCUCACGUCUUGAAACUUCAAAGCCUAUUCUCUAGGUUCAAGCUACCAAAGGAUCUAACGCGACAUCAUUUGGAUGGCCCAAAGCUUUUCAUCGAUGCCGCAUCAAAUACCAACAUGUGGGGUCGCUUUGACGACACUAUUCCUCUCCUCUAUCUAGCAGAACUAAUGUGCGAUGCCUUUGGGGAUGGGAAUCAAAACGACCGGUCCCCAGAGGAUCUAAGGGACCAGUUAGCAGUACUUUACCGAACCAUAAUUUAUGAGCGUGGAGUUCGAGCUCUGCAUACCAAUGACCCAGAGCAAUCCUUACUGAAUAUGAAAAAAUUCAGCCAGAUUGUGCGCAAUAGCUAUCAAGACAAGCCUGGUGGCACAAACCAAACACUUGGUGUCUCCUGGAACGAGCUGGGAAACGCCUAUCUCCAGAACAACGAUGCUAUGAAAGCAGAAGGUUGCUUUUUCGAAUCGAAAUGCUCCCUUGAGGCCCUAGAUGGCGCAACCCAAAUCAGCAUCUCGAUGCCUCUGAUCAACCUCGGCUUUGCCGCAUGGGUUCAGGGCCGACUCGGCGAGGCGGAUGAGAUCUUCUCUCAAGCGCUGGCAGAUCGAGAGAAAGCAUACGGGGCCAAUGACAAGAUUUCAUUCGUGACUGGGAAACUUCUCCUGGGUUAUGGCAAUGUAAAACUGGCGCAAGGGCAGCUUGAUGAGAGCUUUUUGUUACACCAACGCUGUCUUCAGCAGUACAAAUCGACGGUAGGAAAUAAUCACCAUCGUACCGCUGACGGUUGCGUGAAGGUCGCUUCUCAUUACGUGCGGCUUGAGAUGUUUGACCCUGCCUUAGUAUUGCUUAAGCAGGCUAUUAAGAUAUACACUGCGGGUGGACAUCUGUACUUCAUCGCAGAGCACACACGCGCACGGCGGAAUCGUGGGAUGUUGUUCCAGCGCAUUGGAAACCUAACUGAGUCGAAAGCAGAUCUAGAUGUUGCCAGGGAAUUGUGGAGAACGAUGUGUCCGAAUGACCGAAGGAGGUUUGAGGAUUUGGAGGAUGAAGAUUUUGAUCAACGGGUCAUGUUUUGGUCGAGAUGAUGGCGAUCACUUAUACCAUGAACAGUAUGUUUUGACGUCAUCAGUGACUACAGAGCAUUGAUGCGAUUCCCACUUCAUGGAUACCUGUUAUAUAGGCAUAUGUCUGGAUAAUUCAAGCUCUUGAGUUGAGUAUUUAGUGUCACAUCUGAACUAUAUCAAUAGUAUACACGUGGACAAACAAGUACAAAGUAAUCAGCCGAAAUUUAAAAGACGAACGAAAUAGCACAGUUUUGAAUAGUUAGGAUGCCAAAAUGCGUGAAUUAGGAAAAAAAAAAAAAGAAAGAUAACGAACCAACGCCUUGCUUCAUA